UUUGGCUGUACGGUUAUAGCCAUACCAAUUCAUUUUUAAAAAUUCAAAAUGUAAAAUUCUCCAGUCAAAAGUGACUGAAGACUGCACAUUAACUAGCUUUACAGAGUUAGUCUUGAUGUUUCACAGUUCAACCAAGAAAUGUUGGUAAAGCCUGAUGACGUGAUACAUUUGAAGAAGUGGUAUAAAGUCACGAACUUUAGGGAAGAAAUCAUUUGCCAGAAUAACUGUGAACAGAAUCAUAACACUGUGAGUAAUGAUUACUUAUUUAGAGCUAUUUAAAUUAUUUUUAAACAUUUUAUGUACUUUAAUGCAAAAAUAGCAUUUGGUUGCAUAUUUGUUAUAAUAAUUCAGCUUUGCUGAUCGUAUAUUAAUUUCUAAAAGUUUCUAAUCUGACACAACACUUUAAAUAUAAUUCAUGAUUUUACAUUGACAAUAUGUGAUAUUAGCAGGAUAAACUGGACACUUCCACUCAAAUCACAGCAAUGGAGGAUUAUCAUGAAAGUUUGAGAAUUUGGAUAAGAGUGAUUUCUCUGGUCUUCUUCUACCUGACCUUUAUCCUUGGCGUUCCUGGAAAUGCAUUUGUCGUCUAUGUUGCUGGAUUGAAGAUGAAGAGGACUGUUAAUACAGUAGGGUUUCUCAGUCUAGCGAUUGCUGACCUCUUGUGCUGCCUUUCCACUCUUUUCAAUGUGACCAAGAGUACUAUUGGCUACUGGCCUUACGGACACAUAAUGUGCAAGAUUCUCCCCUUCAUUAUGCUCAUCAGCAGGUUUGCCAGCGUUUUCACACUGAGCUUGAUUAGUCUGGAUCGGUUUACUCGGGUGAUCACACCAGUUUGGGCUCAGAAUCAUCGCAGCUUGUUCAUCGCACGACUGUCCUGUGCAACGGCUUGGAUUCUGGCUUCACUUCUUAGUCUGCCUUUUAUGAUGUUAAGAGAGACUUACACAGAAAAUAAUAAAACACAGUGCCGGCUUUAUAAUAAAGAACAUUCUGAAUUGUAUGGAAGGCUAAGCAUCAUCAGAUUUGUGUUUGGGUUUUUGUUUCCUCUCAUAUGCAUCACAACAUGCUACGGAUUCAUUGCACACAAGUUAGGCAGGAGUCAUUUUCACUCUGGACGAGCGUUUUGCAUUAUUUUGGCUGUAAUCAUGGGCUUUUUUCUGUGCUGGUUGCCGUAUCACAUAUUGCGUUUUAUAAACAUAUACGGAGAGAAAUCAAGUCGCCCGGUGGCUUUGGUAGUGAAUCAGUUGGCCAUCUCUUUGGCGUAUUUCAACAGCUGUCUGAACCCCAUUCUGUAUGUUUUCAUGGGGCAGGAUUUUAAGAGCAAUGUUAAACUUUCUCUAAGACGUGUUUUUGAAAGAGUUUUCUCUGAGGAAGGAACACAAGCAUCACAAUCCACACAGCCUCAACACACACACUCAGUGUAGUGAAGAUAUCAGUUCAUUUAUACUAUAUAUAAGUUUUCUUAUAGAUUUGUAUUACUAUUUUAAUAAUGUUGUAAUUUCAUAAUUGUAAAUUCAUCAACUCGAAGUCAGCAAGUCAUCUAACUCUUAUUCAUCAUUCCGGUGUUUUUUUCUUUUCCUCUCCCUGUUAUUGACUGUAUAACUAUCGUCAAAGCUUAAAAUCACAGUGAUGGAAUACUGAUGCUUGAUUAACUUUUUUGGUUGCUAUCAGCUUAGAAAAAGCUUGAAAUAUUCCAUUAAUAAUGACAUGUGGUUUCUAUGCUGAAUUCAUGAAGAAAAAAAAAAAUUAUACAAUUUAUAUACAUAAUUUGCAUUCACUUUAGUGAAGACAUCAUCUAUUUUUUUUCAGUUUUCAGAUUGAUGUGUGUUAUUAUUCUAAAACUAUUAUUUAUUUUCAAAAGUAAUCAAGU